AUGCCUUGCACUAUUUCAUUAUUUAAACAAGAUUAUAAUGAUCUUGAGUUUGAUUUUGAAGAAUAUGUAAGAGGCACGUUAGGUCUGGGUCUUGCCAAAGAGAACAAAAUUUGUCAGGAUUUCCUGCGCGGAACAUGUCAACGCGGAGCUUUAUGUAAGUACAAACACAGCACAAAACGUGCGAAAGCAGUCGUGUGCAAGCAUUGGUUGCGUGGACUAUGUAAGAUGCAAGAUCAAUGUGAAUUUUUGCACGAAUUUAAUGAGAGUAAAAUGCCCGAGUGUUGGUUCUACGUGAAGUUUGGCGAAUGCACGAAUGAGGAUUGUUUGUAUUUGCAUGUUGAUCCCGAGAGUAAGAUAAAAGAGUGUCCGUAUUAUGCGAGAGGAUUUUGCAAGUACGGACCGAAUUGUAACGCGAAACAUGUGCGAAAGACUGUAUGCCAAUUAUACUUGACUGGAUUUUGUCCUUAUGGACUUGAAUGUCCUAAUGGGCAUUCACAUCAACGUGAUCGUUCCCCAGCAGAAGAGUCAAUAUCAAAAAGUCGUGCGUCUAAAGAACGUCUUCCUUUAAAACAGCCACAAACUUAUCGACCACUAUCGGAAGUUACGUGUUACAAGUGUAAUCAAAAGGGACACUUUGCAAACAGAUGCCCAAAACCACGGGUUAGUAGUAGCACUGCUGCUGGAAAUGGAUAUUACAUGCGUAAAAGAGAUAACAGUCUAAGAGAUAGCAGUCUAAUUAACAACAAUAAUAUCAGCAAUAUCUUCAAAGGUGACUAUGGUGAAAACGGUGAAGAUCUUGGCGGUGGCGACACAUCAAAUCCCAACCAUCAUAAUCAAAAUAAUGGAGAAAAUGAUUUUCUGGCACCUCCACUAAAUAGUAAUAUCAGUAACAAUAAUUAUAACUACUUUUAUGGAUCCCCUUGUUUUAAUGAGUUUGAAGGUGAGGUAUUACGAUGUAAUUAG